AUCCGCUCUAUUUCCAGGCGGUCAAAGAAAAGCCACAUUCACGGAAGUGAUCCACCACGAGAGGUGCUGUGCACCCGUGCCAUUUGAAAGCUAGCAUCGACUAAACUUCAUCUAAACGAGAGCCAUACAUUGGGAAUGAGUGGACGUACCCUCCACGGCCGCGUUGGGCUUUCUCAGACGACGAGCUCUCGCGGCGAGGAGGUCGGAUGGCGGAGCGGCGAGAUCCGGGCGGGACCGGCGGCACCGCGGCCCGAGCGGCGGCGGCCCGAGCGGCGGCCGUAGCCGAACUCCUGCGCGUGGAGAGCGCCAACCUACUGGAACUUUAUAGAAAGCGGGAGCGCCUCACUGCCGACGUCAUAGCGGGCGACGGUCGUUUGGUGUCCGUCGCGCCUCCUUCCGCCCGGCCGGACGCCGCCGACAAGCUGCGGCGCUUGCACGCCGCCCUGCUGCGGUGCCGGGGCCUGAUGGAGAGCGCCGUCGCCAAAGAGGACGAGGAGAUGGGCGGCGGGACGGGGGAGUACGAGACCCUGAGGAAAACAGUCAAGGAGAGGCUCUCGUCUCUCGUCAACGUCGCCGGAGAACUGGUCAAAGCGGCGGGCGGCCCGGCGGCGCCCACUCCGACUUCGAGCGACAGCUCGGAGCCGGACGACCCGAGCGUUUUUGAGCUGAAGCUGUGGGUGUUCCGCGUCUACGCAGAAGUGGACUUCUGGGCCAAGACGGCCGUCGCCACCUUCCGGGCUCUGAGGAACGCUCGCUCGAGGAGCGCCAGAAGCUCCCGCAGAUGAGGCGGCGUCGGCGCCGCAGAGGAGAGGGCGCUUACGUGCGGCUUAGCGCACGAGAAUGUUGUGAAGAUGAGCGUCCGUGUCACCGAGACAGAGGGUCCGCUUCGGUGCAUUUCGGUACGCAUUUAACGCAUGUUAUUUUCCCCUAAAAUUGCUUGCUUAAAAUGUAUUGAUUAUUGAAUGUAUUUUGUGUCAUUAUGUAGGCGAUUCACUGUAAAUGCUGUGCAGUAUAUUGCUGCGAUUAGCCGGCGGUCAGGCCGGCGUGUACCCCGGCUCGCCCGAAAUCGGCGACUUUAGGCUCCGGCGCACCUGCAACCCUAAUGACAGAAAAUGCUUUGAGGAUAUACACUGUGUGUGUGUAUAUAUAUAUAUAUAUAUAUAAUGUUAAAUAACUAGUUGGUUAAUUAGAAUUCAAUUCAUGAUAAAUAAUAGCAUUAAAACAACUCAUUAUUGUAUAAUUAAAAUAAGCUAUUUAACUUUAAAAAAAAAAAAAUAAUAAUAAUUUUGACCGCAUUUAUAAGUGUCCUGGCCCAUAUAAACUAAAAAAAAUAAAUAAAAUAAAAAAAAUGUAAUGUGGCCCUCAAGUACAAGAUUUUGCCCGUCCCUGGCCUCCAUAAAAUGUGGUCUAAAAUGGAAAUGGAAGCCUGAUCAGGCGUUAACAAGCGGAACCGUAGCUCGGCGUGCCAAACUGAACUGUUCCGCUUGGGGGAAAUGUUUGGAAAACGAGGGAAGCGAUACUGAGAUUCUUUCUUUCGAGAAGAAAGACAGCAAGUUAGGACUGGGCUGUAUUGCAAGGAGUGUUGAACACUGGCUGUAAAUCAUUCCAAAGACAUUAGCACCUUGGGACAGCAUAAAAAAGGCCACCGGGGGGGAUGUGCGUAACAGCGCGCUCUAGUGUUUACACGUUGGCAUUACAUUGAAUCGUGAUUUAGGCUUGCGUGGAGCUCGCGCACCACAUUACGACCAAUGAGAACCGGUCCAACGCGUCCAUGGAGCCCCAGGCAAAAUGUUAUUUUGGGGGCCUCUUUUUUGGGCAAUUGUAUUGAUUAUUGAUUUUUUUAUUGUUGAAUUUGAGUAGCUAUAAUAAAUGAAAACUUGUGAAAAACAUCCACGAUACGCAGACUGGGGUUGUUUUACACAACAUUCUGAGUGAUAAAGCAUUCUGGUACAUGUAUGUCUAGGCCAGUGGUUCUCCAAAAAAUACUUGGCUCUCCAAGUUCCGCCAUCAUGACCAACUUUAAAAUACAGUAGCACAGUAGACCCACAUGUUCAUCAGAAAACAAGGCAGAGGUUUUAGUCCUUAAAGGUGGAUUUGAUAGUUUUUUUAAAGCCACUGUAACGCUCCCCUUGAAUAUAGGAAAAUAAUUAAGUGUAGUGUAGGUAUGAUUCAAUUCAAAUCUGUUACACUUGAGGAAAAUAAAAUUGUACCGAAAUGUUUGUAAACAAACAGUUCUAAAAGAUGAAAUGCAAAUGUGCUUGAAAAUUAAAUAGAGCUGAAGUGUACACAACAAAAGUGUAAACUAUCCACUCUUCCCUUUUCCGUAGCGCUUGCCCUCACGAGGGUCGCGGGAAACUUAAACUACUGUAACAAAUUUGAACAUUUCUCGUGGUCACGCUUUCCUAAGCAGGUGCGAAGUUCGUUUCCGCCGGCGCGGCUGCCGAUUGAUCCUCAUUUUGGUCGGCACGACAGCGAUGCAUGUUGACGAGCGGCAAAAUGAACAUUUUAUUAAAGCCCGAUUCCUAUUUGUAUUUAACCCAAGAGUUAAUGACUUCCAGCCCUCAAACAACAAAGACCCCAAAGUCGUCAUCGUUGUUUCCUCGGAGGCGACCGUAAUGCCGCACGAUGAACUCUCGACUUUGAAGGGCGGCCUCCGACUUUCACCGCUCAUGUUGUUCUGCUGUCCUCACAUUGUAGCGUUGUCUGCUCUGCUGACUAACUUGUUUGAAGAAAAUAUGGUAUGUUUGAUGUAUUGAUGCCUUUUCUUGAUUUCUUGGUGCGCAAUUACUGUUGUGUGUUUCCUUUCUAAAUGUAGUUUCGUACACUGCCGGCUGACCCUUCCUUAUGGUACGGAAGGAAUUCUUCUCACUUGCGCUUUCCAGGAGCUGUGUCCAAAAAAAUGUCUUCACAAAGAUGACGUGGCUUUCAGUUGCAUUCUUCCUAAUAUUUUGUACCUAAAGAAAAAUUGUAACCGCCACAGCAAACCGCAAUCACGGUAAUUAACACAUUGUUAGGUGACGACUCGUACAAAAAGUCUCAUCGAUUUGUGUCACGGCACAAACGCUGUUUUUCAUGUUCCUAAUGAAGUGGCCUGGGUGUGUACAUUUAAGUAACUCCUGGGGCCACGUAGCAUUUAUUAUAUAUUAUUCGUUUUGUACACAACACAGCCAUCAGUCCGAACCGUGAGGUUUUGCUCUUUUUUUUCCCCCCAUUUACAAUGAGUAUGUCCACCGCAAGCUUUUUUGUUUUAAUGACAUAUUUCACGGUCGUCAUUUGGAAAUACGGACUACGCGAAAAACACAAAAGCAAUUUGAAGGCAUGGAAGCGUCACAGAUGCAGAGCGGCAGUUGGGCGUCGCCCGUCUGGGCGUGAACCCGGAAGUGCGCGACGCAAACACAAAUCCGACAUUCCAACAUUUAUUUUCACUUUUCUUCACAGUUUGGCGUCGGUGCAGGUCUGUGCACUGCGAGUGACUUUCCCGUUGCUCAACCGAACAAAAAAAAAAAAAAAAAAAAAAGAAUCUGAUUGUGACCCAAGACUUUUGCACCGGUUAUCCUUUGAAUACAAAUGUUUGCACUUGUAUGGGUUGAAAUAAAUAGAUUCACGUUCAUAUUCA